CCCCAACCCACCGCCCCCCUUCUUCCCUCCUUCAUUUGGGUGUCUCUUUGCAUCAACAAAAAAUUAUACAUACACAUAUACUUACACUUAAAAUUAACAAAAAAAACAACAAAAUAAGGAGCAUUACAUUGAGAAUCGAUACGAUCGUUACUCAAUUCCAGCGAAAAAUUGAUUCUUUUGGAUUGCGCCUACUUGUUUCCUUUUACUAGUUUAUUGCGAAUACAUUCGGCUGGAACACGUGGGCUUGUGUUUAUGGUGGUGAUCACCCAGUUUCUGGAUUAGGGUUUCCAUUUUCGAGGGUGUUUAUUAGUGGGUUUUUUGAGUGUUUGUGGGGUUAAAGGUUGGUUCUUUAAUCGGGGUGGUGAUUAUGCUUGAUUUUAGGAUAGAGGUUGGAAUUGGGUUUGGGGGAAUUUGAGAAUUUUGGGGGAGGUUUAGGGUUAGGGUUUUGGGUUAUUUGUGGGCCAGGAUGGUUCAGGAGCCUGAGCUUGAAGAAGGAGAGACUUGCUAUUACAGUGAUGAUGCAAACAUUGAUCCUGAUGUUGCUCUCUCUUACAUUGGAGAGAAGGUUCAGAGCAUAUUGGGACAUCUGCAGAAAGAUUUCGAAGGCGGUGUAUCUGCAGAAAAUUUGGGGUCAAAAUUUGGUGGCUAUGGCUCGUUUUUACCCACUUAUCAACGCUCUCCUUCAAUUUGGUCGCAGCAAAAAUCUCCACCAAGAGUUCAAAAUUCUCACUUGCCUAGAUCACCUAAUGCCUGUGCAGAGGGACCCAUCCCUAAAUCAGUCACACCUUCAACUCGGAGGGAUGAUGUAUCUUCCCCCAGUGUGCGCUCAAGCAGACAAAAGGCAACGUUGCCUUCUAGUGAAGUUUCUGAAACAUUCCCAGGAAAAGCUGAACUUCCUUCUAGUAAGUUAGCCAAUCCGCUAGAUCAAAGAACGCUGAAAGUUCGCAUCAAGGUGGGACCUGAACGGGCGGCUCGAUAUAAUGCUCAAAUACUCAGUCUAGGGCUCACGUCUCCAUCUUCCUCGGAGGGUAAUAGUCAAGAUGAAAGUGAUGAGUUGCUGUCCGAAACGCAAAGACCUGCUGAAUCUCCAGCCUACAUACUCGAGACGAUGACUUCUUUUCCAAUGUCUGAUGGGUUACUUCUUUCACCUCUGUGUGAAGAUUUGCUAAACUUAACGACAGAAAGAGAGUGUAAGUUAGAAGGUGAGUAUAAAGCUGCUCCCAAGAAUUCUGCAAUAUCGAUUAAGAUAUUGAAUAACGAUGCUCCAGGGGGGAAGAAGGCAAAGGCUUUUGACAACAAAUUGAAAGAUAAUGCAGAGGAUCUUGAUGGUUGUGAAAAGAAAACUUUGCCUGAUGGAGUUAAAAAUUCAGAUAACAAUAUCCUAAUUAAUAAGAGGAGGGUAAGUAAGAAUAAGGAAAAAGGACAAGCUGUUUCUGGUGAUUCACUUAAGGAUGUGUCCUUUGAACACACUUCUAACCAGAGGGAUGGCAAGUAUGAGCAACUAGAACCGCGAUGCACUUCUUUAGAGAAAAUCGAGGAACAUAGGGCUACGAUUCCUCAUAAGGAUGUUUCAGUUGAUCAUGGCAAGAGCAGAGGUAAAGGAAGUUAUCAAUCAUUCAAAACUUAUUCUGAAGGAGAAAGGGUUGAAAAUGUCAUGGACGACUCGACUUUGAGAACUGGUCUAUAUGAGUCUGAUCCUCAUCCAGUGGGGAGCUUAUCAGUUGAAGGUGGGAAAAAGUCAAAAGUAAGUCAAAGUAGUGGAAAUAAAGCUUUGAAAUCGGAUAGUUUCAGGGAUGGCGAUCGUCUCAUACCCAAAAAGAAAUCCAGUGGAAGGAAGGAUGCCCAGCUCGGCCAAAAAGAUGAGGUUCAGACAAGUGUAGAUCAUAUGGAGAACCCAAAACAUUUAUCAGGCAGGGCCUCUGUUGAUUAUUUGAAAGCGAAACCUGCACUUGCUGAUAAAUCAAAGGAGAGGUUAAGUAAUAAGAAACAUAUAGACGUUGGGCCGUCUGAUAGUCGUAUGGUAGAGCCUUCAUCUGCAGCAGUACCUUCUAAGGAAGGAACCUUAGGUGGGUUCGAGCAGACAGUGGUAAAUCCCGUGGUUAUAAAAGAAGAGUGGGUUUUAUGUGACCGCUGUGAGACGUGGCGUCUCCUACCAUAUGGCAUGGAUCCGGAGCAACUUCCUGAGAAGUGGUUAUGCAGCAUGCAAACCUGGCUUCCAGAACAUAAUCGUUGUGGCAUUACUGAAGAUGAAACUACAGCAGCUCUUCGCGCACUGUAUAAAAUUCCUGUCCCUCAAAAUCAACAUAAUUCCCAAGCUCACGCAGAUGGAUCUGUAGUCGGUGCAGCUACAACUAUUGCGCACGGUUUCAAUCAGGACCGUCAGAACUUUGCGUCUGAUCCAGUGAGGAUGAAGAAACUGCACAAAAGACAGACUGCAGUCGGCACGAGUUAUCCACUCCAUUCUAAAAAUCAAAUGCAAAUGCCACUGUCGGAUUUGGAACACGAUGGCAUGAAGGAUGUGAAGCCGCCUCUUGCCAGAGGAAAUUUCACAGACCAAACGGAUAUGCAGCACCCGAGUAAAUCAGCAUCUGGUUUAGCCAGACUAAAUAAACGAAAAGGAGAGCAUCUGCCAGAAGCUGAUUCAAAUCUGAGGAAGAAAAUCAAGCAGGAGUCGGGUGAGUAUUUAGAGGGGAAGGAGCAAAUAAAAAGGAUUAAGUCUAAAGAUGUGCCUACGUUCGACAAUGAUCUUCUUGAUAAUGGGCACAAUGCGAAACUAGGUUUGCUGACUAAUGCAACUGUGAAGAGCGGGAAGAAAAAGAGUAUUAAAAAAGAAGUGAUCUCUGCUGGACCGGGCAAUAUCCAAAUUAACGUGAAGCAUGAAAAAGCUAUGCGUGAUUUACAACAUAAUGGGCCGCUGGGUGUGGAGACGUGUAACACUGGACAGGUAACAGCUAAAAAGAUAAAAUUGAAGGAUAAUGUGCACAGCCAAGAAAGAAAAGUUUUGGUCAACGAGAACAGUAAGGAUGGUGAUGUUCAUAGAGACAAGAAACUGCGUGUAUGUCAUAAUGAAGAUGAUGGGUUCAGAGGAAGUCAGAGUGGUGAUCUUUUGAAAAUAAGAAGUGUGGAAUUGGGGGAUAAAGAAUAUCUAACAGAUACGAGCAUCAAGAAGAAUGGACAGCAGGUGAAGAAACCUAUAGCAAAGAUGCGUCUCACUAUUGAAGAUAUAGAUGAACUGAGAAAGGAUUUAGGGUGUGAACAGCUGUCGAUGGCUGCCACUUCAAGCUCUUCCAAGAUUUCCGAUUCCCGCAAAAAAAGGCUUAGCUAUGCUGAGGUGAAAGGCUCGCCAGAGGAGUCGGUUUCUUCGUCUCCCAUGAGGAUGCUCUAUCCAAACCAGGCGUCACCAAUGAUGACUGAAACUUCAGGGAAAGUCGAUUUUAGGUUCAGGAGUGCUGGUGCAGUAAGCAGUGUGAAGAAACAGGAGAUGGACAGGAGUUCUGAAUUUGACACAGUUAGGAGGAGAAAAUCUGGUCUAACCAAUGACAAUGGCUCGAAAAUUUCAGAUUCGAAGACCAAACUGAACAAAGAGACACCCAUUGACGACAACCAUCCUGCACCCAAACAUGAAGCAUUGAGUAACAUGAGACAUCCUCUCUCCAAUGAUCUCAGCCUCAAGUCUGUUAAAAAAAGUACUGUUGUUGGUAAGAACAAUGUCAGAAAAUUGAAGGCCAGCAGAAGUGAGAAGCAAUCUAUACAGAGAGAAGGUGACAAGAAUGAUUUAGUAUUGGAUAAUCCCUGCAGCAGCGGUGUUGUGCAGCAGAGCCAUAAACAUGAUCCUCCAAGAAGAAUAGAGCAAAGUUCCUGCGAGAAAGAACCGUGGAGCGGAAAGGUUCGCAUUGAUUUGCGUCAGGGAGACAAACAAGGCACAGUUCGUCCUAGCAAACUUGCAUCAGGACCCGUGGGUCCCUUGAAAGGAAGUCCUUUGGACUCAAGACCCCAUGAUAAUUCUGUAACUAGUGAUACAUCAAAGUCUCGAAAAGGCACUACUAACGAAAACACCGUUAAUAAAGAAGCAGAGCAACAAUCUUUGCAUCUUGAUGCAAGCCUUCGGAACAAGAAUGUCUCUGGUGCUGUUGCAUCUACUGCUUUGAAAGAAGCUGGAGACAUCCUAAAAGAAGCAGAAGGACUUAGAAGUCAUGCUGAUCUAAUUAAGACCUCUGGCUUUACUUCUGAAAGUAAUUAUGAAUACUUUAAAGCUGCCCUAAAGUUUCUUCAUGGAGCUUCGCUUCUAGAAGCCUGCGAUGCAGAGCCUAUUAAACAGAUGGAGAUGAGUCCGAUGCAAACGUAUGGUGUUGCUGCCCAACUUUGCAAAACAUGUGCAAGUGAAUAUGAAAAAGGCCAUGAAUUGGCCUUCGCUGCUUUGGCGUAUAAAUGCAUGGAGGUGGCUUACCUGAAGGUAGUUUAUUGCAAAAGCUCAUCAGCUAGCAGAUUUUGCCAAGAUUUGCAAUCGAGUCUGCAAAUGAUUCCUCAAGAUGAAUUCCAUCUAUUAGGACUUGCUCAGUCACUUUCAGGUGAAUCUCCGUCAUCUUCUGCUUCUGAUGUUGAUAACUUAAAUAAUUUAGCAAUGGCGGACAAGGCUGCAUUGUCUAAAGGCAGUGGUCCUCAUGCUGCAAAUCAUGUCAUAGUGCCUCAAAACCGCCCCAACUUUGUCCGGCUGCUUGAUUUUACGAAAGAUGUCAACUCUGCAAUGGAAGCUGCCAAGAAAUCGCAGGACGUGUUUGCAGCUGCCCACAUCAUACUAAAAAAAUCCCAGAACAGAGAUGCGAUUGCUUCGAUCAAGAGAGUUGUCGACUUCAGUUUUCAAGAUGUACAGGAGCUCGUGCGUUUGGUAAGGCUCGCGUUUAACUCCAACCACCAAGGUCUUCGUGGCGAUUGAGACUAGUCAAGAUACAAACUAUGUUACGCUCGUUUAUUCCCGGCCGUCAAAGGCGGCUACUGAAUCAGGUGAACAAAAACAAAACACAUAACAGCUAAUUGUAUUUCUGUACAUGUGUACAAAAUGGGAUCAGUUUCUCCAUUCUUGUAAAAGCAUUUUUGGGUUGCU